CGCGCAUUAAGCACUUAAUCUUUACCAGUUCUCUAAGAUAACGUUCUUGUUUAAACUUGAAACUGUCAUUUUUCCGUCAAACUAAUAAAACAAGUCCUCCAUGCUUGUCAUUUAUAUAACUGUGACAAUAUAGCGGCAAACUAUAGUUGAAUAACUAGCAGUAGUACUAGUAGAUCAUGUCCGUCACGCUAUUUUUACCGACGGCAGUGCUAAAUUCCCAGUUCUCCGACUGUCAGUCUCAAGGGAAACUGGAGAAGCCACGGCACGGCUGUACACCCCCGAAAGUCUUGAAAAUAAAAAACUUUCGAGGACGGCCGCUGCUGGGUCUGAACUAUAUCGAUAGAGCCAAAGGGAAUUUGUACAAUAAACUGGAGUAUUUACUGUGGGAAGACCGUACGGAGCUGUCGCUAGAGGAGCUGUACAGAACAGUGGAGGAUUUAGUGUUUCUGGAUCAGCGAAAUGAGAUUUUCCAAAUUUUAUAUCACGUCAACACCAUUUUUUUGAAUAAAAAACUGGAGAGCCUAAUGCAAAUAAAUAGCCCCAAAGAACUUUUGACUGCCCUCACCGACUUAUGGAAUUACUACUCAAAAAAAGUGACCCUGCUGAAAAAUAUUUAUUUAUGGCAUGACCGAUCCGAGAACGAGUACAGAUUCAAUAAAACCCAAAUCACUUGCUUGGAACUAUUUAAAGCCAUUAUCAUCUUAAACCCGUGCAUUUCUAGGCAGAUAACUCGGCAGAUCUUGGAAGAGGUCAGAUUGGAGAGGCACGGCAGUACCAUCGAUCGCAACAGACUCAGUACCAUGUUAAGCGUUCUAAUUGACUUAAAUGUUUAUGGGGCGAUAUUCGAACAGUACUUUUUAGCAGAAUCAAGGAAGUUUUACGAGCUGGGAGGCCGGCAAAUCGGAGAAAACGCCAUGGGGGUUAAAGAGUAUUUGCUGUUUGUUCGGGAUAAAAUCCGCGAGGAGACUGAUAGAAACUACGUACUGAAGGAUACUGAGCAAGAAACUUUAGCGAUCCUUUAUGAAGAAAUGAUUGAAUCAUACGAAGAACACAUCCUAACCCAAGGAUUCAGGCAGCUAAUGGACGAACCCUGUUUAGCAUCCUUGCGUCUCUUAUUCAACUUGUUCACCAAAGGGCCGACCGGUUUAUUUAACAUUUCACGAUAUUUCCAAAGUUACUUGGACGACUUGUGCGUCUCGAUUAUCCAAAAGGGCACCGACAAAAUGAUGAUCCAAGUGCUGAUCGAUUUAAGGGACAAGUUGGACACGAUAGUAGAAAAGUGUUUUAGGAAUAAUCCGAAAUUUGCGGUGUUGAUCCGGGCCAGUUACGUUAAAGCGAUUAAUUUACGGAAUUCUGAGUCGGCACUGUUCCUGGCUAAAUAUCUGGAUAGCAAAUUGAGGUCCAAGAAUAUCUGGGAGGACGAGCUGAAUGUGAUUUUGAAUAAAGUUAUGCUUAUUUUUAGAUGUAUCAACGGCAAAGACAUAUUCGAAGUUUUUUACCGGAAAUACCUGGCCAAAAGACUGAUCUUCGGCAGUUCCACUAACCAAGAUGUGGAAGAGAGCAUCGUCUACAAACUCGAAGAAGAAUGCGGCGAUUGUUUUACGGCCAAAAUCAAAGGGAUGCUCACCGAUGUGCACUCGAGUGAAACAAUUAACAGCAAUUUUAAAGAAUUCCUCUUCAACACUCACCCGGAGUUUGGUCAGAAGUGUGAUUUGUCCGUGCUAGUGCUUACCAGCAGCAUUUGGACUAAAACCGUUGGUAACUACAUGUUGAUCUUACCAGACGAACUUCUGAAUUAUCAAGCGAUUUUUUCGGGAUAUUACGUGUCCAUACAUACCGGCAGAAGGUUGGAUUGGCAGCCCAGUUUAGGCCAUUGCAUCGUCAAAGCAUACUUCGAUGCGGGGAUAAAGGAACUCUCAGUUUCCCUAUUUCAAACUAUAGUACUUUUACAGUUCAACAAACGGUCCAAGUUAAGUUUGAACGAAAUACAAGAAUACACCAUGCUGGACUGCAAAGAUCUUAUACUCACACUGUACUCCCUGGCUUGCACUAAAACGAAAUUGCUGAUCAAAGAACCGCAGAACAACUACAUACAGCAGGACGACACCUUCGAAUUAAACGUGAAUUUCACUAAUAAACUGAGCAGAAUUAAAAUAAGCCAAGUGCAACUGAGAGACAAUAGAGAGGAACUAAAAGUGGCCGAGAGAAAUGUUCUGGCCGACAGACAGAUGCAAAUCGACGCGGCCAUAGUGCGGAUCUUAAAGAAUAAAAAAGUGAUGAAGCAUAACGAGCUGAUGUCCGAAUUGUUUAGCGUUCUGGAUAUUCCGUUGAAAUCACAAGAUUUGAAGAAGCGGAUCGAGACGUUGAUCGAGAGGGAGUACAUUCAGCGGGACGUUGAGAAUUCCGCCACGUAUACAUAUAUUGCUUGAACUGUUUAUAUGCUAAAAGUUUUUUUGUGUUUUAGAAACUAAAUAUAAUUUUAAACAGAA